AUGAAUUUUUUUCUUUUCUCUCCUUUUUCUUAUUGUAAAUUUGGCUCAUUUCUUUCUUUUCAUUCUAUUUUCCAUUCCUGCUUUGUCAGUGAUUCAUUUGUUAUUUUUCUUUCAUUUUUCUUUUUCUUCGUCUACGUUUUCUUCUUACUACAUUUUCUUUAUCCUCAUCUGGCCAUGAAGAAUUUCUUAGAUUUGUCUUUCAUUACAUGCUUCUUGGAUGGCUUCAAACAUUCUCUCUACCCAUCUUCAUGCCUCUCUUUCUCUACCCAUCUCUCUCCCUCUCUUUUUCUACCCAUCUCUCUCCCUCUCUUUUUCUACCCAUCUUCAUGCCUCUCUUUCUCUACCCAUCUCUCUCUCUCUCUGUACACAUCUCUCUCCCUCUCUUUCUCUACCCAUCUCUCUCCCCCCCUUUCUCUCUCCCCAUCUCUACCCUCCCCUCUUUCUCUACCCAUCUCUCUCCCCCUCUUUCUCUACCCAUCUCUCUCCCCCUCUUUCUCUACCCAUCUCUCUCCCUCUCUUAUGUACCAGGACAUUUGCAAUUGA